AUGGAUAGUGGCUCCUCGGGUCAUUCGUUGCGACUCGUCGUGCCGAGCGAUUCUGAUAUGUCAAGUCUGAUCUCCAAAGACCGUCCGGAAAAUCGGGAAAAGGGGAUCAGCUUAAGCCACAGCCGUCGAGGACUUGAGGGACUCGAGUCUGACCGAGGAAUCGGAGAAUUAGCAGAAACGGGGAGGGUGGAGCGCGCCGCUAGAACGGGCUCUACACAGCAGCUCUUGGACCACGUUCCGGAGUGUUGA